AUGUCCACGAAACAAGAAGUGACUCCAGAUGAGGUCGUCGAGGGAGAAUACGUGAACGUCGGAAGAGCGAGAUCGGCGACGACGACUUCGACGGCUUCGCGGAAGGAAUACGAGACGCUGGACGAGUUUCUGAAGAGAAACGAGUACUCGGCGGAGAGCAAGAGGGACAAGUUCAAGAGCUUCCAGGUGCACAGCCUCGACAACUCGUACAAGAUCCGAAAGAAUGACAUGUCCCUUCAGUAG